GGGAACCUAAGAUCUUCUCCAUCUUCUGAAACAUCGUCAAAAGUCCUUCUACGCGCGAUUCUCCGUUCGCCUGUCAGUCGGCGCUUGCAUUCUCGUUUCCCUUCGGGACAACGGAAAUCCGGUAGCCUGGAGCCCUCGAACUUGUCAGAACUGAGCGAAGGGGUAGCGGAACUCUACCCGACACUAUCAAGCAGAAGAGCAGAGAUCUACUCCGAUUUGGACAAGAUAGGGGAAGCACCUUUGCAAAGCCCAGCGAGAUCAGCGUUCGAUAGAAGGGUUAUCUCCCUUUCGCCCACACUUAUGAGCUUAGGAGGUUAGAUAGAGUGCUGGGAUUUUCGUCGUUAUCUGCUCUGCUUCUUCUAAUCACAUGUUGGCUUUCGAUAAGGCUGAAAGUGUGCAAAAUUUCUAUUCUGGCCUUGCGACAGGGUGGAACACAAGCGCUAUGAAGGACAGAAUGCGCGAACACUUUUCAGAGAGUUUUGAAUCCGCAUCCGAACUCUUGAAGAAGCGCGCUGCUUAUUCCAAGAGAUCUUCAGGGUGGAAAAGCGGCAGUUCAUUCCAAGAUCAUGUUAAGGCCCAGAUAUUACAGCUUUACCCUGUGGAAGGUGGAUACCUGUGGAAGGUGGAUAGUACCUGUGGAAGGUGUGUGAUCCGAUUUCUUCAACAUGAUCCCACAACAGGAGAGGCCCAUCCUGAUUUAUCUGCCCAGUUUCCUUUUUUCAGUUUCCAACGUAUCAGAUCCUCAGUUCUUGCAUGGGAUGCGUAGCUAGAGAAGAAUCAAGUUCAUUCGUGAGCUCCUCUAAUAAUGGAGCAACGGGUGAUGAACUUGGGUUUCGCCGCUUGGUUGUGGGCGAUUUGUUUCAGGCUUUGACGCACGCAAUAGGCAAAGGAGCUGCGGGAAUGACGGACCCUUACUUGCAUAUCUUCGGCUUUUACGGAGCGACGCAUGACAACCCCAUCAAUUAUAAAGGGUUAGAAGAUGUUGAACGAGGACGACGACACAACUCUCCGUUAGAAGAAGGAGGACAAGCUCUUCUUGCAGCAGAAAAAGAAGUACAAGCAAGACCACGUAUCCAACCCGUGACUCUCUCGGACACAUUGGAGUUGACCAAAGAAUUCGGGUCUGAUGUGAUCCGAGCUAGCGCUGAGGACCUCGCUUCUGACGCUACCGAAGAUAAAACUGUUCGCUGGUUAAGGCUGCUCUAAGUAUAAUAUCAACUAAACUUGAUUUUUGUCAAGGUUGACAUUGGUUUUAAUGAAUAUGGUUUCUUAAAUAUUCACAACCUAACCUAAUCCUAACCUAACCUAGCCUUCAUUUUCUUAAAGAAUAUAGAUAAUGUACCUCCGACGAAAAUAUCCGCUUAUUCUUGAAUACUUUAUCCGGAAUACUUUGCAGCAACACAACAACAGUAGUUCACAUGAACUAUGAUCGAUGAGCUCAAUCAACGGAGAUUUAUAUGCACUGUGAUAUGACCAGCUUUAAUCUAGCGUCGUGCGACCUUACCUCGCAGCGGAAUCGCCAUGAAAAGAGCCCUUUUGCAAGCGAAUGAAUUGGAUUUGACACUGGGUGGUCUCCAGCCUGGCGGAUCAGCUGAAAGUCCUACAAUUUCUACAAAGUGGCAUGUUGCCGACAACGGUCGUGUGGUCUGGAAGUAUGAAAAUCCGCUCAACGAAGAUCGAAAGCGGUUGUUGCUAGAGAAAGGAAGCCUUGACACACCAGCCGCGCCGGCCGAAAGAAAGCUCGACAUUUCGGAUAUUGGCUACAUCGACAAAUAUCCAGUGAAUAAUGUGCAGAUGCGAGCUCUGCCGAGUUAUAUGGGACAAAGUCGAACCUCUUACCCUGUGAUUAUCCUCUCUUUUAAGGCUACUGCUAGAUAAGCAUGUCCUCAACACCACAAUCCUUGGUCCUUUUCUCUUUUUUUCUCGAAAAAGAAACCAAGGAUGGAAAAGAAACCAAAACCAAUGGAUGCGGGCGCUCUAACUCUUUCCCGCAUGGACUACAACCGGUAACGGAAACGAGAGAGUACUUUUCGAAGGGAUGUGUUGUCGGAUCCAGGUGUCAAGGUGGAUCCCUAUUAAGGGAGAAGCCAUAUCAAAGACUGGAGAAGGAAUUGAUUUUUCAGUCAUUGCACGUGUUGACAGAUUCUGCGUUUGAAGCAGAGAAGUGGGCCUUGAGAAUUUUGAAGCCUGCAGCAGUGAAGCUUACUAACGCGCCCACAAUUGGUGUAUCUGGGAGUGCACCAGUUCUUCAUCCGCAUUGGCGCAUGGUAGGCAUGGACAGACCUGCUUCUAGAGACGCUAGAGACUCUUCAGGCCUAGAAAGUGGAAGUGCUAUGCCUGCAUCCCUAGCCACGACGAGCAGCGAGGAAAACGCUUUGCGCUUGGGUCGCUCUAUGGGCACUGCUAUGCUUCAGUCCUUGUAUCUUCAUAGCUGUCGUUUAAUGCCGGAUAAAAAGUUUGUGGACCAGCAAAGACAAAAAUGGUCCGAGGCAAUGGCGGCAGUGGGCUCAGUUGGACAGAGCAAAGUGGGACAGAAGAGAAGCCAAGGACCCUGGUUUUCGCCUGUCAGUUUUGAAGAUGCUUUUAAGUUAAGGCUCAGAAGAGUAUUUCAUGUAUUCACAGGAGACGUUGUUGUCUCAGUUUCCUUCCCAACGCGGAAUCAUGGCUCGAGACUUUGAACGUAGAGUCAGGUUCUGGUCUCGAGACCAUGAACAUAGAAGAUGGCUUCGUUGCUUCGUUGUUGCGAACUAUUCAAUACUUCACAAUGGAAUUAUUUGGGUAGUUCUUAUUGCGAGCGCUAAUCAAGGAUGCUGUCAACCGUAGAAGAAAAACGGAAGCGGAACUCACAGCACUGAAGGAGUUUUCCUAUCGUUGUUACAGACUGGCGCAGCUUGUAGCCGAAGGGUACAAAACGGUUUUCCUAGAGGAAAAGGAUGCUUUAGACGCAACUGCUGCUGCAAAGGAUGGGCGACAACAUCAGGAAGAUCUUCGUGAUGCCUAUACAGUUCCUGUGAAAGCUGCCAAUCACUACUUUCGAUUGCAGCAAGCCUUAUGGGGUGUGAUAUUCUUCGAAACGCAAGGAGCCGAAGAUCCUUCCGAGGCAAAGCCGAUGAUGAUUAUGGACGACUUUUAUCAUUCAUUUCAUCUCUUAGCGUUAGCGUUUCUCUUAGCGUCUCUCUUAGCGUCUCUUUUAGCAUCUCUACUGAAAUGAUAAAGGAUGCAUCUAUCGGAAAAAUAAAAAUGUCAAGGACAUCUAGGGGAGUGCUCUGUCACUGCACAUUUCUCUCGACGCCUCUUUGGUAAUAGAGAUGUCCACCCACAGAAGAGUACAAGAACCCUUUUGCUCCCAUAUUAGAAGGAUCGACUAUACAAUGGCUCAAGAUUUUUACAGGGCUACUUCUCAAAUGAAGGAAAAUAAGGCUACUGAAUGAACUAAGGCUACGUACUGAAUGAACUAAGGCUACGUACUGAAUGAACUAAGGCUACGUACUGAAUGAAAUGACGCUACGUACUGAAUGAAAUGACGCUACGUACUGAAUGGCAUGACGCUACGUACUGAAUGAACUAAGGCUACGCACUGAAUGAAAUACAUUCUAAGAUGAAGUGGAUUGUCGAUUACUACUUUGGAGGAAAAAGUAGUUACCCGACAUUGUACGACGCUGCGGUUAAGGGGACUUUUGGCGGUGUCCUAAUUGAAGAGCUGCAAGGAUAUGUUAUGGCAAGGAUUAUAUGCUAAGCCGAUUCUCGUCAGUGACUCUCCUAGUACUUGUGUACUCCUUUAUCAAUUGCACCCUUUGCGCACUGUAAUAUCCAGCUCUUUAUCAAUAAAGCUUCUGUAAUUAUAGUUUACAAGUCAAACAAUAUCUUUAUCAAUUGUUCCUUUAUCAAUUGCACCCAGAAGUGGUCUCCUAUGGUUAUAAGCUAAGAAGCUAUGAAAUCAAUGUUGGAAGAGUGUAACAGUGAGAACGUUCUAAAUCUGUAGGCGACGAAUGGACUGGCGUGGAUUAUCACCACAUCGCUUUGGAGGAUGGCACUACGUUUAGGGCUUUCUCGCACGACAUCUCUGUGCCAGAACAAAAGGAACUAGUAUUAUUAAGGACCAUACUACAAAUCUCCCAUUUUGACAGGCAUCCCGGAGCCUCCGUUUUCGACUGGGGGAACAAGGUAGUUCCACGAUGCGUGCCAAGAUCGAAGAUUUCUGGUAGCUCUAAUAUUAGCUUUGCACAGCAUAGGACAAUGUGGGAAAAGCAUAAGUGUCUUGGCAAGAUUGCGAGAGGUAGUUUCGUCAGCAUUCUUUGAUACAGAUUGA